AUGGUGCUGCUGCUGAAUCUUCUCCGGAGGGUGCUGGAGUACUUCGGCUGGCCGCCCGACCAGGCCAUAUUUUUGGAAACCCACAUACUCAGCAGCAGUAUCAGUCGUACAAUCAGAACAUGCCUUCCUUCAGCAGCCUCAUCAAGAAGGCAUCUCCAGCGGUUAUAUGCAGUUGUAAGAAAGUAUCAGGUCAAGGUCAUAGCUGUUUGCCAGAAAAAGGAAUAUGGAUCUACUCGAAGUGUUGUCCGUAGACUUGGGACAAUUCUUUCCUUGGAGCCCUACCCAAGACCUUAUUUUCAAUUUGUUCAAGACUCAAGUCCAUUGUGUAAUGGUGAGCAAAGCACAGCUCCAACUCCUGUAGCUCCAUCACUUGCUGAUGUCCUGUGGGUAGCAAAUGAUGCAGGAGAAGCAUUUACUAGACUUAGGACUGAAUUACAGAGAAAAGACAAAAAUGCAGCAUAUCAUUACCAACUUCCAUCUGUGGAUUCAAUACAAAGUGUUCCAGAAAACAGUGCACAAAAAGACAAUCGUGUUAAUCAAGCAGCACUCCAGAAAAUUUCUGCGCUUGAGGAUGAGCUAACCUUUCUUCGUGCUCAGAUUGCUGCCAUUGUUUCAGCACAGACAUUGGGAAGCAUUCCAUCACAAGCCUUUCAAGCAUGCAGCACUCCAAAUGGAUAUUACUCAGUGCCAGCCAUGACCUCUACGCCGCUGUCCGUCUCUCACAAUCACUUUGCAAUUCCCUCACCUCCUUCGCUUCCUUCUUGUGUACCAUCUGGUGUGGAUGCCAGUAAUUCAGUGACUGAACUCGUACAACAACGUCGUGCUGCAAGAAACCAGGGGUCAUCUGCGGCCGAUGGCGCUGAUCACCAGGGGACAAAGAACGUUCCUAGAAUGAUGGACGUUCUGAAGGACCUAAGCAAAGUUCAGCUGCGAGCUGUUGAAAGGUCACCUGGAGGUACUCCUAUUUCUAAACCCAAAAAGAGGCAAAGUUCAGAGUGGGAUCCAGUUACUCUCCUAACUCAUGCACUAAAGCAGAAAUUUGCACAUAAAAAUGAUGAUGAAGAUGACUCCACGGACAAAGAAAAUCAAUCUUUCGAUAGCUCCCCCUUUUCUAGUCCAGAGAUCCCAGUGGUUGGACGUUGCAGUCUGAAGUCAAAUGCAAAAUUUAGCCAUAUAAGAAGUGAUGAAGUUAAACAGAUACCAGCAUGGAAAGUGAGAGCUCAUAUUUAA